GUCAUGAGAAUAUCAAGGAAUUUUUAAUCUACUUUGAAGCAUACGCAGCUUCAAAAGAUUGGAAUAAUAGCAAAAAGAGCCUAGUAAUUGUACUACACAUAACAGAUAGGCUAAAACCAUCAAUGAUGCAACUAAUGAAAAUUCAUUCAAAAUGGGAAGACCUAAAAGCAGCUAUGACAAAGAAAUAG